AUGAAGCCGGCGGCCAAGAGGAGGAGGACCGCCAAGAUCCGGUUCGGGGGAGUCAGAAAGCGGCGGUGGGGAAAGUGGGUGUUGGAGAUCCGGUUGCGCCACAGCCGGAAGAGAAUUUGGCUGGGUUCUUAUGAUUGCCCGGAGAAGGCAGGCCGGGCCUUCGACGCCGUCGCCCGCUUCAAUUUCCCCGACCAUCCUCCUGACAGCCCCGCCGCCGUUGCCGCCCUCUCGCCCCAAUCCGUCCAGCCAGCUGCUGCCCACCAUGCCAACCGUCCGUCACAGCCGCCGCCUCAGCACUCGACCGCCGACUACUUGGCAUCGGCGGUGCCGGAGUCAUCAUCGGACGGGUGUCUGGCGGUCCAUUAUGACCGGUCCUUCGCAGAUUUGGUUAUGGCCGCCACUGCAGAUGCUGAGUUCGCAGCCUUUGAAAAUGGCUUCGUGUACGAGCUUUUUCCGGCGGCUGCGCCGCCACUGCCGGAUCCUGAGGAGGAGAAUUGGGGUGGUGCUUUUGAUCCUUGUCUGAUUCUUUGGAACUUUUGA